GGGCAACAUGGUUAGUGUAGACCAGAGAGUAGACUGGAUGUUUAUUUGCUUAAGUUGGUGAUGACCAUACGUGGUUUGUUAUCUGAAUGGUAUUUAUGUGAAUACAGGGUAUCAACGUUAUGACUGUUUAGCUCGUCAAGUUAGCAACUUCUAGUUAGACUCACUGGUGUUGCAGCAUGAUUUACUGUAGAAAAUGGAAUGUAGUGCCUGUGGCUGACAUCUUUUUCUACCACGAUUCAGAGGAGCUCAAGUUUAUACAUUGUUUAUGUUCAAGAGCGUUUGUAUGUGAUCGGGAAUUGUACCGUUCAGAUUUCAAGUCUCUCAACGAAAACCUGAUUGAUGAUGCACUUGAAGUGUCCCAGGAUUAUUAUGAAGAAUCAUCAGACCAUGACCACUUGUUAGAAAAUGAUGACCUGGACGAAGAGAGCAAACUUAUGGCAAGAAUGGGGCUUCCAGUUGAGUUUGGCACUUCUUCUGCCAAGAAAGGAUCACAUUUUCAGGGGAGAAAACAUGUUUGGAAGACAAAGGCCAGCCAACCAGAAGUGCUCUCUGAAACUGACUCUGAGCCUGAGGACGACAAACUCUGUGUUGUGGGUCCCAUUGAAACCUGUGCUACUCUGGAAGACACUUCUGAGUGCCCAGUGAAGCAGGAAGGGUGGGAGAAGUACUGGGCUCAGCAGGGCGAGGGCCUGCUCUGGCAGAGCUGGUUGGAGAACCACCCAGACUGCGAUCCCUCCCCAGCGGUGGGGCCCUGGGACUGCCCCGACACAAGGGAGGAGUGGGAGCUGCACACCAGCCAGACCUACCUCUACUACUGGGAACAGUUCUGCUACUGGGCCUCUCAAGGAUGGUCUGUGGAGGAGGACGCCCACAGCAGCACUGCGCCUCAUGCCAAUGAUCCUCCACUGGAUGGAGAGCAGGCAGCAGCAGAGGGUGCCACGGAAGGGCCGGACCCUCCCGCCCAGGGCACUGGGGACACCAGCAGCAGUGGUUUAGAGCAGGGAUCUGUAGGGAUGGGAGAUGUGACUCAGCUGGUUGGAGGGCUGAGCUUACAGGCCAAUGAGGCUGGCGGAGGUGUCGGACAGGAUGGAGCGCCCUCAGGAUACAAGUGUGCUAAGGACAGGGGUGAUGACAGCAGCCAGUCUGUAUCAGGCAGUGGCCGUCCCCCCUCAGCAGACCACCAAGGACACUCGAGUCAUUUGCCUACCAACCCAGCACUGCGGGUGGCAACAUCACCACAUGGAGAUAAUGGAGAUGACCAAGACCCUCCAGAGAGCAAAACUGCCAAACUGAAGAGGAGCCACGAGCUGGACGCAGAGGAGAGUCCCCCCAUGACAUCCAAGGAGGCCUGGGACGUGCUGGGCCUGAAACGCAGCACGGAGCACAGGUUUGAGAGCGUGCUGAAGUUCAAACAGGGCCCCGGGGGCCUGGGGGGCCAGAGAGCGGAGGGCAGCGGGAAGCGCCCCAGGAGGAGGAAGGCCGCCUGUAAGGUCAAUAAACACGUCGUCUUCUCCGAGGCCGGCGAAGCCUGCCCAGUCUCCAAGAGCAGGACCUUGAGUAAAGUUCAGAACUUCUUAAAACUAGUUCAGAGUGAAACUGUAGAAGAGCACAGCGUGGCCUCCGCUCCUGCAGCUCCACCUGAGGAGCUCCAGCAGCCUCCUGUACCCUGCACCCCUCUGGCUCUGCAUCCGGGGGAAGAGCAGCACGAUGCCCCUAGCUCAUGUCUGGAAGACAGCCACUCUGACCCACAUCUUCACAAGACCUUUCAGAACUUCAGUGAGCCAGAACAGGACGAGGAUGACGAGGAGAGGUGGCGGCGGAGGAGGAGGAGGAGGAGGAGGAGGGGGGAUGAAGGUAGGAGGCAGAGGCAUGGGAACACCCGGCCCACAAGAGAGGUCUACAGCCUGGACAUCCCAGACUACCUGCUCCCUGAUCCUGCUGCCAACAGUGAUGAAGAUGGAGGCACUUGUGGUGCUGGUGGUGCUGAAGACAGUAGCACGGUGAGGCCUAAUAAAAAGAAGAAGAGGAAGGUGAGGAAGAGACGGCCAGACGCUGAUAUGCCUCCUGAGAUAGCGGCAGAACCAGAGCUAGCCAAGUACUGGGCCCAGCGCUACCGGCUCUUCUCCAGGUUUGAUGAGGGCAUCAAGCUGGACCACGAGGGCUGGUUCUCUGUGACUCCAGAGCGGAUCGCUGAGCACAUCGCUCUGAGGGUCCAAACCAGCUUUCAGUGUGAGCUGAUUGUGGAUGCGUUCUGUGGGGUUGGAGGCAAUGCCAUUCAGUUUGCCCUCACUGGAAAAAGAGUGAUAGCCAUUGACAUUGAUGCAGGCCGACUGGCUCUGGCACGGCACAAUGCGCAGGUGUACGGGGUGGAUGACCGCAUCGAGUUCCUGCACGGAGACUUCCUGCAGCUGGCCCCUAGGCUUCGGGCUGACGUGGUCUUCCUCAGUCCCCCGUGGGGAGGGCCCGAGUACUUGAGUGCAGACGUCUUCGACAUCAGGACCAUGAUGACGCCUGAUGGAUUUGAAAUUUUCAGGUUGUCAAAGUUGAUAUGUGAGAAUAUAGUGUAUUUUCUCCCUCGGAAUGCAGACAUGGAGCAAAUUGCCUCUCUUGCUGGUCCUGGUGGAAGAGUGGAGGUAGAACAGAACUUUCUCAACAACAAACUAAAAACUAUAACAGCCUACUUUGGUAAUUUAAUCAAAUCAGACUCUUAGUGUCUAUUUAACAGUUAAUCUGUCCAAUCAUGCUGUUUUGUCAGUGUUCAUUUUAAACUCUUGGUGUACAAAAAGUACCUGUCAUUUUUUAUUUAUUUUAUUGUCAGUUUUUUUCUAAAUUGAAUUUGUACUUCAUAUCACUGUUUUUUUUAUUAAAAUUGAACUUGCAAA